GAGAAGGCCAACCUCCAUUUCCAGCCCCCCCCCCCUCUCUCUCUCUCUCUCUCUCUCUCACGGAGCCUCUCUGCAGAUCUUGAGCUCAGACAGUGCUUAAAGCCUUAAACAGCACAUCCAAUAACAAAAUCUGUAUCAAGAAAUGGGAUCUCUUUCUUCUUCAGCCUUUGGACCCGUUAAGCCUAGCAGCUUUGCUCUUCUGCUUGUUUUGUUGCUUUCCUGCUCCAGUUUUAGUUCUACAGAAGCCUAUGAUGCACUCGAUCCAACUGGAAAUAUCACAAUCAAAUGGGAUAUAAUGAGCUGGACACCAGAUGGCUAUGUUGCUGUUGUUACUAUGUAUAACUUCCAGCAAUAUCGCCACAUUCAAGCACCAGGAUGGACAUUGGGGUGGACAUGGGCGAAAAAAGAAGUAAUUUGGAGCAUGAUGGGGGCACAAACAACGGAACAAGGGGAUUGUUCAAAAUUUAAGGGGAACAUUCCACAUUGCUGUAAGAAGGAUCCAACCGUGGUGGAUUUAUUGCCAGGAACUCCAUACAACCUGCAGAUUGCUAAUUGCUGCAAAGGGGGAGUGAUGAACUCAUGGGUCCAGGACCCAGCCAAUGCGGCAAGUUCAUUCCAGGUCAGUGUGGGUGCAGCUGGAACAACUAACAAAACUGUCAGAGUACCUAAGAACUUCACCCUGAAAGCUCCUGGGCCUGGAUAUACUUGCGGGCCAGCAAAGAUUGUGAGACCAAGUAAAUUUGUGACUGCAGAUAAACGAAGAGUCACCCAAGCUUUGAUGACCUGGAAUGUUACUUGCACGUAUUCACAAUUCCUUGCUCAAAAGACACCCACCUGUUGUGUUUCUCUUUCCUCCUUUUAUAAUGACACAAUUGUAAAUUGCCCAACUUGCACCUGUGGCUGUCAAAACAAUAUAACAGACCCUGGGAGCUGUGUAAAUCCAGAAUCUCCAUAUUUAGCUUCAGCAGUAACAGGCCAAGGAAAGUCUAGUAAUACCCCUCUGGUUCAGUGCACCAGCCAUAUGUGUCCCAUCCGAGUCCAUUGGCAUGUUAAACUCAAUUACAAGGAGUACUGGAGGGUGAAGGUCACUAUCACGAAUUUCAACUACAGAAUGAACUAUACACAAUGGAAUCUUGUUGUGCAACACCCCAACUUUGAUAAUCUAACCCAGAUUUUCAGCUUUUAUUACAAGUCCUUGACUCCUUAUGAAGGCUUAAAUGAUACUGCUAUGUUGUGGGGAGUCAAGUUUUAUAAUGAUUUUCUUAGUCAAGCCGGCCCAUUCGGGAAUGUGCAGUCGGAACUCCUUUUCCGCAAGGACAAAUCAACUUUUUCUUUUGAAAAGGGAUGGGCUUUCCCACGUAGGAUUUAUUUCAAUGGUGAUAACUGUGUCAUGCCACCUCCAGAUGCAUACCCAUGGUUGCCAAAUGCUGGUUCCCGGCCAGUUAUCUCCCUAGUUUUUCCAGCCUUUACCAUCAUGGCUUCUUUGGUAUUCUUAUUGCCUUUUGCAUAGUGAGUAAUGCCCGGGCUAAGUUACAAAGGCUACAUGUUCUACGACAUUCUUGAGUUUUUCAUACCGUUGCUUCAAGUUCAAGCAAUAUAAGCGGGGUUCAGGUUAUGGCAUCUCACUGCAAAAUUCUGCUGUGUUAUCUGUUUCAUGUGUUGGCGGUUAGGCUUUGCUGCAAUUUUUAUUUAGAUUUAGCUGUUGAAUUCCUCAAGAAUAUGUUCUCAGCAAUGUAAUAAGAAAUUUAACUUAUAAUAUAAUAGUUGGUGUAUGAUUUUUAUCAUCUUGAGUUGUACCGUGGUUGUAUAUCAAUGUUGUUAGAGUUCCAAAUACAUUAUUGGAUUUAAUGCUACAUUACAGAUUCAGUUUACUUAUUGAUAGAUUCA